AUGAUGCAAGGCAAUACGUGUCAUAGAAUGUCGUUCCACCCAGGACGGGGGUGUCCCCGAGGGCGAGGAGGACAUGGAGCCAGACCCUCAGCACCAGCCUUCAGGCCUCAGAACUUAAGGCUGCUUCACCCGCAGCAGCCCCCUGCGCAAUAUCAAUACGAGCCACCAAGUGCUCCCUCCACCAGCUUCUCAAACUCUCCAGCCCCCAAUUUUAUGCCUCCGAGACCAGAUUUUGUACCCUUCCCUCCACCCAUGCCUCCGUCAGCACAAGGCCCCCUUCCCCCCUGCCCCGUCCGGCCCCCCUUCCCCAACCACCAGAUGAGGCCCCCCUUCCCGGUACCUCCCUGCUUUCCCCCCAUGCCGCCUCCGAUGCCCUGUCCUAACAACCCCCCAGUCCCCGGAGCACCUCCUGGGCAGGGCACGUACCCCUACAUGAUGCCCCCUCCUUCCAUGCCCCACCCCCCACCCCCUCCGGUCAUGCCCCAGCAGGUCAAUUAUCAGUACCCUCCUGGGUACUCGCAGCACCACAAUUACCCGCCUCCCAAUUUUAACAGCUUCCAGAACAGCCCCAGUUCUUUCCCGCCCAAUGCUAAUAACAACGGCAGCCCCCAUUUUAGGCAUCUCCCCCCAUACCCGCUCCCGAAGGCUCCCAGUGAGAGAAGGUCCCCGGAAAGGCUUAAGCACUAUGAUGAUCACAGGCACCGGGAUCACAGUCACGGGCGAGGGGAGAGGCACCGGUCGCUGGACCGGCGGGAGCGCGGCCGGAGCCCCGACAGGAGGAGAGCAGACAGCCGCUACCGAUCCGAGUAUGACCGCGGGAGGACACCGCCUCGCCACCGGAGCUACGAGCGGAGCAGAGAGCGGGAACGGGAGAGACCCAGGAACCGGGACGGCCGAAGAUCACCAUCUCUGGAAAGGUCCUACAAAAAAGAGUAUAAGAGAUCUGGAAGGAGUUAUGGUUUGCCAGUUGUUCCUGAACCCACUGGAUGCACACCAGAAUUACCUGGGGAGAUUGUUAAAAAUACAGAUUCUUGGGCCCCAACCCUGGAGACUGUGAAUCAUCGCUCCCCCAGUAGGGAGAAGAAGAGAGCUCGUUGGGAGGAAGAAAAAGACAGAUGGAGUGACAGCCAGAGCUCCGGCAAAGAAAAGAAUUACACCUCCAUCAAGGAGAAGGAGCUGGAGGAGGCGCCGCCCGACAAGAACGAGGAGGAGGAGGAGGAGCUCCUGAAGCCUGUGUGGAUUCGAUGUACCCACUCGGAAAACUACUACUCCAGCGACCCCAUGGAUCAGGUGGGAGAUUCUACUGUGGUUGGAACAAGUAGGCUCCGAGACUUAUAUGACAAAUUUGAGGAAGAGUUGGGGAACCGGCAAGAGAAGGCCAAAGCCGCCAGGCCCCCGUGGGAGCCUCCCAAGACGAAGCUGGAUGAAGAUUUGGGAAGUUCCAGUGAAUCCGAAUGUGAGUCUGACGAGGAGAGCACCUGUUCCAGCAGCUCCGACUCAGAAGUUUUUGACGUCAUCGCAGAAAUUAAACGCAAAAAGGCCCACCCCGACCGGCUUCAUGAUGAGCUCUGGUACAAUGACCCAGGCCAGAUGAACGAUGGACCACUCUGCAAAUGCAGCGCAAAAGCCAGACGCACAGGAAUUAGACACAGCAUCUACCCCGGAGAAGAGGCCAUCCAGCCCUGUCGUCCUAUGACCAACAAUGCUGGCAGACUUUUUCACUAUCGAAUUACAGUCUCCCCGCCUACAAACUUCUUAACUGACAGGCCCACUGUUAUAGAAUAUGAUGACCAUGAGUAUAUCUUUGAAGGAUUUUCUAUGUUUGCACAUGCCCCUCUCACUAAUAUUCCGCUGUGUAAAGUGAUCAGAUUCAACAUAGACUACACGAUCCAUUUCAUCGAAGAGAUGAUGCCUGAGAAUUUUUGUGUGAAGGGACUUGAACUCUUUUCAUUAUUCCUAUUCAGAGAUAUUUUGGAAUUGUAUGACUGGAAUCUUAAAGGUCCUCUGUUUGAAGACAGCCCACCCUGCUGCCCAAGAUUUCAUUUCAUGCCACGUUUUGUAAGAUUUCUUCCAGAUGGAGGGAAGGAAGUGCUGUCCAUGCACCAGAUUCUCCUCUACCUGUUACGGUGCAGCAAAGCACUGGUCCCGGAGGAGGAGAUCGCCAACAUGCUGCAGUGGGAAGAGCUCGAGUGGCAGAAAUACGCGGAAGAGUGCAAAGGCAUGAUUGUUACCAACCCCGGCACGAAACCAAGCUCUGUCCGCAUUGAUCAACUGGAUCGUGAACAGUUCAACCCCGAUGUGAUUACUUUUCCAAUAAUCGUUCACUUUGGGAUACGCCCUGCACAGUUGAGUUAUGCAGGAGACCCACAGUACCAGAAACUGUGGAAGAGCUAUGUGAAACUUCGCCACCUCCUAGCAAAUAGUCCCAAAGUCAAACAAACGGACAAACAGAAGUUGGCCCAGAGGGAGGAAGCACUCCAAAAAAUACGACAGAAGAAUACGAUGAGGCGAGAAGUAACAGUGGAGCUCAGUAGCCAAGGAUUCUGGAAAACUGGCAUCCGUUCUGAUGUCUGUCAGCAUGCAAUGAUGCUACCUGUUUUGACCCAUCAUAUUCGCUACCACCAAUGCCUAAUGCACCUGGACAAGUUGAUAGGGUAUACUUUCCAAGAUCGUUGCCUGUUACAGCUGGCCAUGACUCACCCGAGCCAUCACUUGAAUUUUGGAAUGAAUCCUGAUCAUGCCAGGAAUUCUUUGUCUAACUGUGGAAUUCGGCAGCCCAAAUAUGGAGACAGAAAAGUUCAUCACAUGCACAUGCGGAAAAAAGGAAUUAACACCUUAAUAAAUAUUAUGUCACGCCUUGGCCAAGAUGACCCAACUCCUUCAAGGAUUAAUCACAAUGAGCGGUUGGAGUUCCUGGGUGAUGCUGUCGUCGAGUUUCUGACCAGUGUCCACUUGUACUAUUUGUUUCCUAGUCUGGAGGAAGGAGGGUUAGCGACUUACCGGACUGCCAUCGUCCAGAAUCAACACCUCGCCAUGCUAGCCAAGAAACUUGAACUGGAUCGAUUCAUGCUUUAUGCCCAUGGACCUGAUCUUUGCAGAGAAUCAGACCUUCGACAUGCCAUGGCUAAUUGUUUUGAAGCAUUAAUAGGAGCUGUUUACUUGGAGGGAAGCCUGGAGGAAGCCAAACAGCUAUUUGGACGCUUACUCUUUAAUGAUCAGGACCUGCGAGAAGUCUGGCUCAAUUAUCCUCUCCACCCACUCCAGCUGCAAGAGCCAAAUACUGAUCGACAGCUUAUUGAGACUUCUCCAGUCCUACAGAAACUUACUGAGUUUGAGGAAGCAAUUGGAGUAAUUUUUACUCAUGUUCGGCUUCUGGCAAGAGCAUUCACGUUGAGAACUGUGGGAUUUAACCAUCUGACCCUAGGCCACAACCAGAGAAUGGAAUUCCUAGGAGACUCCAUAAUGCAGCUGGUAGCCACAGAGUACUUAUUCAUUCAUUUCCCAGAUCAUCAUGAAGGACACUUAACUUUGCUGCGAAGCUCUCUGGUGAAUAACAGGACUCAAGCUAAGGUGGCGGAGGAGCUGGGCAUGCAGGAGUACGCCAUCACCAACGACAAGACCAAGAGGCCCGUGGCCCUGAGGACCAAGACGCUGGCAGACCUUUUGGAAUCAUUUAUUGCAGCACUGUACAUUGACAAGGAUUUGGAAUAUGUUCAUACUUUCAUGAAUGUUUGUUUCUUUCCACGAUUAAAAGAGUUCAUUUUGAACCAGGAUUGGAAUGACCCCAAAUCCCAGCUUCAGCAGUGUUGUCUGACACUUAGGACGGAAGGAAAAGAACCAGACAUUCCUCUGUACAAGACUCUGCAGACGGUGGGACCGUCCCACGCUAGAACCUACACGGUGGCUGUUUACUUCAAGGGAGAAAGAAUAGGCUGUGGGAAGGGACCAAGUAUCCAGCAAGCGGAAAUGGGAGCAGCCAUGGAUGCACUUGAAAAAUAUAACUUUCCCCAGAUGGCCCAUCAGAAGCGGUUCAUUGAACGGAAAUACAGACAAGAGUUAAAAGAAAUGAGGUGGGAAAGAGAACAUCAAGAGAAAGAGCCAGAUGAGAGCGAAGACAUAAAGAAAUAA